AUGGAUUUAAUCGACAAUUUACAACCUCGUGGUGGUAAUGAAGCUGUAUCGGUUAAUAAACCGGGCUUAAACACUGAUAUUCACUUGACUAACCAUGGUUCCAGUUGGUUAUGGGCAGCCUUUUCAAUUUUUGCAACUUUGGCCGUGGUUCAUGCGUUCGUCUUCAGUUUUACUAGUUCCAGAGCACACAGGCUUAAGAAGAUAUUAUUCAUUGUGCCCUUAUUUACUAACGCAAUAAUGGCGUACUGCUACUUUACGUAUGCUGCAAACUUGGGUUGGACUUCGACAAGUGUUGAAUUUAAUCAUGUUCUGACAAGUCGGGAUCUAGGUAUGAGACAAGUAUUUUAUGUCAAGUACAUCGGAUGGUUCUUGGCAUGGCCUUUUGUUUUGUUUGCCAUGGAAGUAGCUACUCAUACGUUGGAAUCUACCAAUCUUACAGAUGGUGGUGAAACUGUUACUGGAAUUCUCUCAUUGCUUUCGGGGUUGAUCGUCAAGACGUUCGCUACUGAGAUUUAUGUCUUGGGCUUAUUGAUUGGUAUCUUAAUCCCUUCGAGCUAUAGAUGGGGUUAUUUUACAUUUGCAGUAUCUGCUCAAUUGUUUGCGAUGUCUUUGGUAUUAGUUUCAAUGAUUUCUGCAACAAAAUCAGUUCAUACAAACAAAGUUGCAAUUAUGUUUAUUGCAUUCGAGUUGUUAGUAUGGCUUUUGUAUCCAAUAUGUUGGGGUCUCAGUGAAGGUGGUAAUCGUAUUCAGCCAGAUUCUGAAGCGGUAUUCUACGGUAUUCUUGAUUUGAUAACUUUUUCCUUUGUGCCUAUAAUAUUAACUUGGAUUAACGCAUCGGGAGUGGACGAAGAUUUCUUCCAUAAAGUAAUGCACUUGAAUUUACGUAGAAACUCCAGGCACGAAAAGCCAGUAGACGAAACACCAAGACACAGUGGUGAUACUGCAGUUCCACUUUCUAAUUCGGAUAGGCCUGAGGUCGAGAAUAAUGCAGGCCAAGAUCGUCCAAUGGAAGAGGAACGGGUUUGA